AUGAGUUUGUUUACAAAAAUAAAAGAAAUUAUUGAUUAUGUAUUUGGCAAUAAAUUUACAGAAAAAGAAUUACGAUCACAUAAAAAACUUUGUGAUAAAUUUUUACAUCGGCAUAAAUUAGAAAUUGAUGAUCUUAGAGAGAUUCAACCUCUGAUUGAAAAUAUUUCAGAAAAAGAAGCAACAGCAAUGAUAAGACGGAAAAUAAAUAGAUUGAUAAAACAUAAGAAAGUAGAAGAAUCUCCUGCGAUGGCUAUUAAGAAUAAAAAAGAUUAUAGAAAAUAUAUUAAAUCUGAAUUGAAAAGAGUUUAUGACCUUUCAGAUGAUAAUAGUAAAAGGAUUAAGCGUAUAUUAAAUAAGAAACCGGCUUUUACACCAACUUACAAAAAUGAUUUGCAAUUUGUUAUUUUACCUUCCUGGUGGGAUAUGAGUAAUCCAGUUUAUGUAAAAUUGGCUAAAGAACUUCCACUUGAUGAAAUUUUAAAGGAUACUGAUACCAUUGAAGUGGGUGAUGUGCCUUUAGAAGAGGAGGUUGAGUGGUUUAAUGAAAAAAAUGUUAAAAAGUUAAAUUCUUAUUAUGAUAAACAUCCUAAACAAAGACCAGUCUGUGAAAACAUUAGGAAGACUCGUAAACCCGAAUUACUUAUGAAUUGUAUACCCUGUGAAAAAUGUAUUGAAAAGAAAAUAAAUACGAGUGUUAAAAAAAUUGAGGAAGAGAAAGAAUUAAAUUUUUAUAAAAAGAUAGAAGAUAAAUACAAGGAAAUGUUUAAUUUGAAUAAUGCACAAUUUAGUGAAAUUUAUGAAAAAAUGGUUUUAAUUGAUAAAGAUAAGAUACUAAAAAGCAAUUUGGAUAAAAAAGUUAGGACUAAAAAAGACCUAUUUAAUAUUUCAGAAAAAAGCAGAGGAAUAAGACCAAGAUUAAAGAAUAAUGGAUUUGAAUAUCCUCAUAUUAUACAUGUAUUUAGGUCAGAUAUUGUUUAUCAUCCAAGAGUCUUUAAGCCUAUAACUUUAGCUAGAGUUACUUUUGAAAAAAGACAUCCGAGAUUUAAAAGGCAUGGAAAUUAUUACGAAGAUCUAUUACCUGAGGAAAAAGAAGCAGAAGAAGCUUAUAAAAAACUUUUGUAUAAGAGGUACAAAGAUGAAGUAGAAAUGGUUGAAAAUAUUGUUAAAAACCCAAAAUAUUUCGAAGAUGUAAUUCCAUCUUUUACAUGUACACUUGUUUUAAAUGUUGAUAGUAAAAAUAAUGAAAAAUUGUAUAAGAAAUGUUUAGAAUUUAAAAAUAAUAAGAUUAAUUUAUGCAAACAGCAAAAGGAAUAUAAUAGUACAGGAUUAAUGAAGUUGGAACGAGAUAUAUCCUUUGAGAAUGAUCUAAAAAACAAUGAUUAUUCAAUUAUUAAAUUAUAUGAGGAAUUAAAAAGACAAAAUGAAGAGGCUAAAGGCAUUGAAGAAAAUGAUUUUCCUGAAAAAUACUAUACAGAAGACAUAGAACGAAAUUUAGUUGAAGAAGGAGGAAUUAUAAGAUCUUCUAAAGUAGAAGAUAAAUUUAGUAAGCCUGUUGUUCUUAAACCAGAACCUAUGGCAGAAUUAUUUGAAUAUAGUUCUCUUAAAAAUGAGGCCGAGGACAAUUUUAAACAUAGAAAAAUUGAGGAUUCUAAUGAGGAUGUUAAGAAAAGUACAAAAGAUGAAAAUCUUAAAUUAACAAAAGAAGUUUGUGAACCUUUUUCUAGUAAAACAAUAAAUUUAGAUUUAGCGACAAAUCAUAAUUUAAAAGAAAAAGAUGCAGAUGUUAUUUCUAAUAAAAUAAGUGGUGUUAAUGAUAGUCAUUUAAAUUCAAAUAAACAAGAUAUUUUUGGUAUAAAAAAUAAUAAUAACACAUUAGGAUCUAAAAUCACAAAUAAUGAUGAGAUUAUAGAAAAAAAUCAUGAUCAAAAUUUAAAUCUUGUCGAGGACAAUAAAUUAGAAAAAAAUAUGAAUGACAAGGAAGAUAAUCUGUUUAAAAGUAAUACUAAUAGAAUUGAUAACAUUUUUAUUAAAAAUAUAGACAAGCAAGUUAUUGAUAAUCAGUCAAAAUACAAAUCAGAGUUGGUGGUUGAAGAAAAAAAAGAAAUAGACACUGAUAAAAAAGAAUUGGAAACUAAGACUGACUCUGAAAAUUUAGAUAAUCAAGAUACAUCUAAUAAUACUGAACAGCAGAACACAGCUCCUCCUAGGAUACAAGGAAAAAGAGCCACAUUGCCGUUGAAAUAUCAACAGAUUAAAAAGGCACCUAUUAUAAAGGAUGAUGUAAAAGAACCUGUUAGGGGAGAGGGUGUAUUACAAUAUAAAAACUUCGAUCAGUUUUAUAACAGACCCGAUGAUUUCUUUACUAGUCAAGUAAAACCCGAACCACCUAAGAAUCCUUUAAAAGAUAAAGAUCCUCUAGCUCUUUUAAAAGAAACGGGUUAUGCUGUAUUUGAAAAUCUAGAAGAAGUUAAUAAAAAGACUAAAAAUCCACCUAAACCUGAAAUUAAAGAGAAUGGUCCGAUAUUUGAAAAUCCUUUGCAUUCUGAAAUUUAUAAAAAAACUUCUACAGAGGAUGUGUUAAUUAAAGAUAAUAAUUCUAAUGCAUUUAUUGGCAAUAUAUUCACACAACCAGAUACUUCAGUUAAGAAUCAGCAGCCUGUUUACGAUGAACCACUUAACUUUAAACGUCCUGAUAUAGGAGGCAAGACCAAAUUGAAUGAUGAAACUACACCAUUCCAAUUUCCAUCUAUAAGUACUUCUGGAAAGACAAAAUUGUCCCCUGGAAAUGCAAAUGAGAAUUAUUUUAACACUACAGCAUUUGAGAAUACAUCACCGAAUAAUUUUAGUUUCAAGCCACAAAUUAAUAAUUUUAUGCCUAUGUUUCAAUCAAAUGCUUCAUCUCAUGCAGAUAAUGUUAAUUAUGGAAUUAAUACACAGAUACCCAGUACUUCAUCUACUAAUACUUUUUCAAGUAUAGAUUCAAAAAUUAGUCAACCUGUUAAAAGAUAUAAUUCAGAUUAUGUAAAAUAUCCCAUUAAUCCAAAUAUUAGACCUGUAUUUGAUCCGAAUAACCAAACAAACAUCAAUAAUUUAAAUAACCAACCAUCUUUAAAUAAUUUAAAUAACCAACCAUCUUCAAAUAAUUUAAAUAACCAACCAUCUUCAAAUAAUUUUAAUAACCAACCAUCUUCAAAUAAUUUUAAUAAUCAACCAUCUUUAAAUAAUUUAAUAGAUAAUUCUAAAAUACCAAUACAAAAUAACAUUAACAAUCUGACAGAAGUGGGAAAUUCUUCCUUUGCUAGUAUAUUUCAGACCAAUAAAUCAGGAGGCAUGUUUGAUUCGAUUUUAAAAGAUGCAAAUAAUUCAGUAGAUGAAUCUUCUACUGGCGUAAAAUACAGGAAAGAUUAUGAUCAAGAUAAUAAUUCGGAAUUUAACUUCUUUAUGCAAUAA